AUGGACAUCGCAAACGACCUCAUCUACCGGCUUGAUUUGGCGCGUGAUUUGAAAGAGAUUUCUGUUGCCGAGCACCGCCUCGGUGUGAUCGGGGCAGACGUCCUCGUCUUCAACACCGGCCACUGGUGGACGCACACCGGCAAGCUCAGGGCCUGGGACCAUCUGGAGAGAAACGGGAUGCUGGUGAAGAUGGAAGGAGAGGAAGCAUUCAGCAGAGCGCUGAGGACAUGGGCGAGAUGGGUGGAUCACAACGUGGACCAGACCAGAACCAGGGUCUUCUUCCGAAGCGUCUCGCCUGAACACAAAGGUGCGAACUGGUGCUACAAUCAGACGGCCCCCAUCGCCGCGGACGAAGCGAUCGUUCCAUGGUUCCCGAAGAGCAUGGUGUCCAUCGUCGAGGGGAGCAUACGGAGCAUGAGGACGCCGGCCACGUACCUGAACAUCACGCGCCUUUCCGAGCUCAGGAUCGACGCGCACCCUUCGGUGUACUCGAUCAACAGGGAUGGGAAGCCUCUGUCGUUGGAGCAACGGCGGCGGCCGGUGGUGUAUGCUGACUGCAGCCACUGGUGCCUGCCGGGGUUGCCUGAUACUUGGAAUGUGCUUUUGCUUGCUUCCUUGACGAGAUAUCCCUCCUCUAAUGUACACUUGUAGCUAGCCUUGUAGGAUCAGUAAAACACUACUGUACUUGUAAGACACAACAAUCUAGCUAGGCUGAUAUACUCUGUCUGGUUCCAAUUGACUAAUGCAUGGUGGGGAAAUGAGGCUGAAAUCAG